AUGCACCAUCCCAAUGAAAAUGAGCAUGGCACAGAUCUCGCACCAGAUGGAUCAACAUCCGGGUUAGCGGACAUGGAGAGUGUUACCACUUGCGCCGGGAGACACACAAAUAUGAACAACCACGAUACAAGGCGGCACGAGCUUGACGAUAUAUAUCGCAAUAUCUUGCAAUCGGAUUUCCGGCAAAUUUUGCAAGAACCUCGUCCCAGGCUGGAAACUCUCCUGAAAUCAGGGCUAUCUCAGGAUGGCCAGGCCGAAGAGAGGAUAUGCUCGUCUCGCAUCAAUGCUGGGGGGAUGGAAUUCUCGUUUGCAGCCAGAUUAGGAGAUAGUGAUGCAGGAUCAUUCCCGGUCACCCCGAGGAGACAGACGCCGUCCAAGGCAUCCACUAAACCCAGCCCGAGUUCCCCUUUUGAUUUCUCGGCCAUGCAAACAGAAAUCUCCGACAUGGCCGUAAAUUUGAAAGCAGCGAAACCUGUCGGUGGUCAAAAAAGUCCUAACAAGAACGAGUCCAUCGAGGACGCGGCCCAUUUUCUGCAAAAGAUGCCCUUUAACGAGUCAAGACUUGCCACAAUAUUACCCACUGCUGUUCGUGCUAGGAUCCUGGAGAGUUCAGAGUUUUGCAUCUCGCUCACGAAACAGGGAAGACGAUGUAAAAACAAGCACAAAGAUCUAAGCAACGAGGCGACAGAUAUUCUUAAAGGCCUUGCUAGUCUCAAUGUCCAAAGCGAUUGGAAGGAUAUUUAUCCCAAGCUUGAGAGCAUUGUCAAAAUGUUGAUGUGUUCGCAAACGCAUGCAAAGACAGGAGUGAAGGAGCUGCUAGCACUAGAUGGCCAAAUGACCGAGUUGGAAAGGAAACGAGACAAUGGGCUUGGGCCUAUUAGGGAUUGUCUCUUGGAUCUCGUGGAACCCUGGUUCGAAGAGAUUUGCAAGAACAGCGAUACCGAGAUCAACAAGCUGCGGGAAGACCAGGAUCAACGGGCGAAAGCUGAGGCCGAAGACUUCAGCCAAGAAACACCUUCAAAGGCCAUGGGCAAGAGCACUCUUGGUCUGCAGUAUAAUCUGGGAACCUUUUUACCUUAUCAGCCCGAGGCUGUUAGAUUACUUUCGAUAAAAGAAGCUAUCAGACAGGAGCUUGAAGCGCCCCUCUCAUGCCGGGACUUGGAUUCAAAACAUAUCUAUAUCUACUGGUCCACUGGCAACUUUGGUUUGGUUAAAAUUGGUGUUAGCGAUGAUGUUUCCUCCAGAUUACAAAAAUGGGGCAAACAAUGCCAGCAUGAGGUCAAGGAGCUUUGGCGUGAAGAUAUCUUUGUUAAACACGCUUACAGGGUUGAGAAGCUAGUCCAAACAGAGUUGAAAGAGGUUCGAUUAAAAGUCAAGUGUAAAGGUUGCGAUCGGUCACAUAGAGAGUGGUUCAAAACCAGCUCGGAACAUGCUGGCAAGGUUAUUCGAAAAUAUUCCAGUUGGGCGGCAUCGAUGCCGUACCAGUUUGACGAACAAAGCAACAAAUGGGGAUUAAAUAACAAUGUUGGAGACAAUAUGCUUGAAGACCUCUGCGAGCCAAUACCGUUCCCGGAAUUAAAAUUUAAAUCUCCAAGGAGGACUCGACGGAGUAUUGCUAAAAGUGGCAAGUCUGCACUCUAA